GUCCUGCCGGUGUCUUCAGCAUUCUGCCGAGUGGCAGCAUUAUUUUAGUUCUGUGGCUGCCGCUGCUCGUCCUGUCCCCUCCACUCCCAUUGCUGUUCUGCCUGGUUAAGGAUUUGCUUUGGAUACUUUUUGAGUUGCACCCCUCUGUCCUGUUGGUUUCAACGAUUUUAACGAUUUUCAGUUUUGCGUGUGGCGGGGAGCCUGGAGUCUGAACUUAUCAGCCAGUCAGGAUGUCUGCAUCGUUCCAUGUGAAACAACACCACCACCACCACAGUGACAAGAAGCAGCAGCGUGAGAGCAUCAGCCAUCACAGCUCUCGCUCCUCUUUUAGUCAGCUGUCAUAUGCUGCCCACAAGAGAAUCCAGCACAGCACCAUAGGAGUGCAGAAGAGUUCUGUCGAAUUAGAGAAGAGGUCGGAGUUCAUACCUAGCCAGCUGCUGCCGCCGAGAGUCAAGAAGUACCUGGCUAUGGACCCUGACACCAACGAUGUCAUUGGAUACAUAGUUCCUGUCUUCAGGACCAGCCAUGAGUUUGCCCGGGGCCUAGUGGAGGUCCAGGAAGAAGUGAAGGAGGAGGGGGUGGGGCAUGUUGCCAUGAGGAACCUGUUCUCCCUGGAGACCAGCUCCCUGGAGACCAGCUCCAUGGAGACGAUUACCGUGGAGAAGAAGAGCAGGAAGAGGCACAUUAGAGAGUCAGCUGAUCGCCUGGAGCUCAGCAAGAAGGUUGAAGAGAGAGCAGAGUUCCGUAAGAAGCAGAACAGUGACAACCUGACCCAUCCUCCUGAGUUCAUAGUUCGUCCCCGAGGACAGACUGUCUGGGAGGGCAAGACUGUCAAGCUGCACUGCACCGUGUCUGGAUGGCCCAAACCACGUAUUGCAUGGUAUAAGAACAAUGUGGUGAUAGAUGACAAGGUCCAUCCUGACAAGUACACAGCAGAGAGUAACUACAACAUGCACUCUCUGGAAAUCAAGAGCUGUGACUUCCUGGACACGGCUCAGUACCGUGUGUCUGCUCUCAACAUAAAGGGAGAGAGCUCCUCCGUGGCCACUGUGGUUAUCAAGAGGUUCCAGGAGGGACAGAAAGUGGGACCUCUUGAUGCUAAACCACAUGGGUUCUGCUCGGAGCACGGCGUGACCUUUGAGACAGCCAUCAUAGACUCGUUUGAGGUGGCGUUCGGCCGGGAGGGAGAGACUCUGAGUCUGGGCUGCACCGUCAUCGUCUACCCCACCAUUAAACGCUACCAGCCUGACGUCCUCUGGUACAGAAAUGGCAAGGCCCUGGCAGAGUCGAAGUGGGUCCACACCCACUGGAGUGGAGAGAAAGCCACCCUGACACUGGUCCAUCUGAACAAGGAGGAUGAAGGACUCUACACCCUGAGAGUUAACACCAAGUCUGGCUUCCAGUCCUACUCUGCUUACGUCUUCGUCAGAGAUGAAGAGGUGGAGUUGGAAGGUGUUCCCGUGGCGCCCCUGGACGUACGUUGCCAUGACGCCAACAAGGACUACGUUGUGGUGACCUGGAAGCAGCCGGCGGUGGAGGGAAGCAGCUCCAUCCUGGGAUACUUCAUUGAUAGGUGUGAGGUGGGCCACCACCACUGGGCUCAGUGUAACGACACCCCUGUGAAGUACGCCCGUUUCCCGGUAACGGGGCUGAUUGAGGGGAGGAGCUAUACCUUCCGGGUCAGAGCCAUCAACCGGGCUGGGGUCAGCCGACCUUCUAGAGCCUCUGAUCCCGUUACCGCCAUAGACCCCCACGACAGGGCACGCCAUCGAGCUGGUCCCUCUGCUCCCUUCACCGGAAUGAUCAAGUUCACUGAGGAAGACGCUACAGUGGGCGUGGUACCAGGUGAGCCCACCGACCUGGUGGUUACCGAGGCAACGAAGAACUACGUGGUUCUGGCCUGGACUCCGCCCACUCAAAGAGGUCAUGAAGGGGUUGUGUACCUCGUAGAACAGUGUGUUGCUGGUAGUGAGUGCUGGCAGAGGGCCAACACAGGGAUGCCCGUCAAGUCUCCUCGCUUCGCGCUGUUUGAUCUGGCAGAGGGGAAGAGCUACAACUUCAGAGUCCGCUGCUGCAACUCUGCUGGGAUGUCUGUGGCCUCCUCUGCUACUGGAGAUAUCACUGUAGGAGAUGUGCUGGACCUGCCUGCGGCCCCCGGACCAGCCGUAGCCACUAGGAACACAGAUACAUCAGUCGUUGUUUCCUGGGGGGCGUCUAAGGAUGUUAAACACCUGGUGGGAUAUUACAUCAGCUAUUCUGUGGCGGGCAGUGAUGUCUGGACACCCGCAAACAACAAGCCUGUUAAAGGAACCAGGUUUGUGUGCCACGGUCUGAACACAGGAGAUUCGUGUGUGUUCCGUGUGAAGGCGGUGAACGCAGCAGGGUACAGCCACAGCUCUUUGGAGUCAGAGGCUGUGGUUGUGAAAGCUGCCAUCGCCAUCCCUGGUGUCCCCAGUGGAGUCCACCUGAUGGAGGCAGCUCGUGACUACAUGGUGUUGGCCUGGAGGGAGCCAGCGGUGACCGGGGGAGCUGACAUCAGAGGAUACUUUGUGGACUACAGGACAGUAAAGGGUGGAGUUGGAGGACAGUGGCAUGAACUCAACUCCAAGGCUGUCACCUGUACUUCCUAUAAGGCAGAGAACCUGAAGGAGAACUCGUUCUACCAGUUCCAGGUGCGAGCGAUCAACAUGGCCGGUGUCAGCGAGGCCUCUCUGCCCAACGUAGCUCUGGAGUGUAAAGAAUGGACCAUUGCUAAGCCAGGUGCUCCCCAUGGUCUCCAUGUGUUGGAGGUGCGUGACAAUUCCCUGGUGUUGCUGUGGGAACCUCCUACCUUCGAUGGUCGUACUCCUGUCAACGGCUUCUAUGUGGACAUCAAGGAGGCCAUCGCAGGGGAGGACUGGAAGGGAGUACAUGAGAAGGCCACCAAGCUGAAGUACAUGAAGGUCAAUGGUCUGAUUGCAGGCAGGUCCUAUGUGUUCAGGGUUCGUGCUCAGAACCUGGCUGGAGUGGGAAAGACUUCUGCUGUGUUAGGACCUGUUCCGGCUCUAACCAUGCCUGGUACCCAUGAGAUAAUACUGGAUGUGGAUGAUGAUGGUGUGAUCUCCAUGAUCUUCGAGUGUUCUGAGAUGGCCGAGGGGUCAGAGUUCAUCUGGUCUAAGAACUACAAGACUCUGACAGACACCUCCAGACUCACCAUCGUCACAGAGGGGGGCAAGUCCAGAGCGAUCUUUAAUGAUCCCUCUCUGGAGGACCUUGGUAUCUUCUCCUGUGAGGUUACCAACACUGUUGGAGUCUCAGCCAGCUACACUCUUACGGAGGCUGGUCUGAAGCGUCUGCUGGACAUCAGCCACGAUCACAAGUUCCCCAUCAUUCCCUUCAAGACUCAGAUGGCCAUGGAGCUCCUGGAGAAGGGUCGUGUGAGGUUUUGGACCCAGGUUGAGAAGUUCACCGCUGGCUGCCAUGUGGACUAUGUCUUUAACGAUGUGAUCGUAGAGAACGGAGAGAAAUACCAAAUGAACUUUGACAAGAACUCAGGCAUCAUUGAGAUGUUCAUGGACUCUCUCGCGGUCACCGACGAGGGAACAUUCACCUUUAACCUCGUGGAUGGGAAGGCCAAGGGGUCCACCAGCCUGGUGCUGAUUGGAGAAGAGUUCAGAGAGCUCCAGAAAAAGUCUGAGUUUGAACAUGCUGAAUGGAUCAGAAGACAAGGUCCUCACUUCGUGGACUACCUUGGUUUCCAGGUUACCCCAGAAUGCAACGUGCUGCUGAAGGCCACGAUAGGAAACAUCAGGCCAGAGACAGAGAUCAGAUGGUACAAAGACGGAAUGGAGAUUGAAGAGGAUGAUGCUGAUUACAAGAAGAUUGAGAUGAAGGACGUAGUGUUGAUCUUCAACAUUGGAAAGUUGUCCAAGAAGGAUGCAGGUGUGUACGAGGUGAAGCUAAAGGAUGCCAGAGGAAAAGACAAGAGCAUGUUCAACCUGACUGAAGCAGGUUACCAAACGGUGCUAAACGAACUGUUCAGGGUGAUUGCCAACUCAUCUACUGAGAUCAGUGUGAAGAGUACAGAACAUGGAAUCGUCCUCUACUCCCUGAUCACCUAUCACAUGGAGGACCUCCAAGUCGGCUGGCAGCACAAGGAAGCAAAGAUCUCCCACUCUGACAGAGUCCAGUGUGGAGUGACCGGGGAGCAGCUGUGGCUGAAGGUGAAUGAGCCCACAGAGAAAGAUAAGGGCAAAUACACAAUAAAUAUCUGUGACGGCAAGGACGGGGUUAAGAGGUUCUGUGACCUGUCUGGACAAGCCUGGGAGGAAGCCUUCGUAGAGUUCCAGAGGCUGAAGGCUGCUGCCAUUGCAGAGAGAAACCGUGCCCGCGUUGUGGGAGGUCUGCCAGAUGUGGUCACUAUCCAGGAGGGCAAGUCUCUGAACCUGACAGGCAACGUGUGGGGUGACCCUGCACCCGAGGUCACCUGGAUGAAGAACGACAGAGAGCUGGUGUCUGACGAACGCUACGCCCUCAAGUUUGAACACGGCAAGUUCGCCAGCAUCACCAUCGCCGCGGUAACCACGACCGACUCGGGGAAGUACGCUCUCCUGGUGAAGAACAAGUAUGGAACCGAGGCCGGAGAGUUCACCGUGUCCGUCUACAUCCCAGAGGAAGAGAAGAAGAAAGAGUAGAUGGGGAUGGAGGGAUGGAGUUGGAAUGGGAGGAAUAGUUAUAAUAGGCUGAAGGAUGACAGGGCGAUUUCCAAAGCUCUUUACCCCAGUGCAUGAUGGUAAACAGAGAACAGGAGAUAAAGAUUUGUUGCGGAGAGGUCUUGGUGCGUAUUCUUCUGCUGUCAUGUUGAAACCAGAAGCCUCUCAGUGCACCAUGUCUUAUACUGAUGUGUUGAAUCUAAAUGAUGAACCUGGAAAGAAUCAUGGAUUUCUCUCCAUCUGUCUCUGUCAGCACUGGGAUAAACAGCUGGGAUAAACAGCUGGGAUAAACACUGGGAUAAACACUGGGAUAAACACUGGGAUAAACAGCUGGGAUAAACGCUGGGAUAAACGCUGGGAUAAACACUGGGAUAAACACUGGGAUAAACACUGGGAUAAACACUGGGAUAAACACUGGGAUAAACGCUGGGAUAAACACUAGGAUAAACAGCUGGGAUAAACACUGGGAUAAACACUGGGAUAAACACUGGGAUAAACGCUGGGAUAAACACUGGGAUAAACACUGGGAUAAACACUGGGAUAAACAGCUGGGAUAAACACUGGGAUAAACAGCUGGGAUAAACACUGGGAUAAACAGCGGGAUAAACACUGGGAUAAACAGCUGGGAUAAACACUGGGAUAAACACUGGGAUAAACACUGGGAUAAACAGCUGGGAUAAACACUGGGAUAAACAGCGGGAUAAACACUGGGAUAAACACUGGGAUAAACAGCUGGGAUAAACAGCUGGGAUAAACACUGGGAUAAACACUGGGAUAAACACUGGGAUAAACACUGGGAUAAACACUGGGAUAAACAGCUGGGAUAAACACUGGGAUAAACAGCGGGAUAAACACUGGGAUAAACAGCUGGGAUAAACACUGGGAUAAACAGCUGGGAUAAACAGCUGGGAUAAACACUGGGAUAAACAGCUGGGAUUAACACUGGGAUUAACACUAGGAUAAACAGCUGGGAUAAACAGCUGGGAUAAACAGCUGGGAUAAACAGCUGGGAUAAACAGCUGGGAUUAACACUGGGAUAAACAGCUGGGAUAAACACUGGGAUUAACACUGGGAUAAACACUGGGAUAAACAGCUGGGAUAAACAGCUGGGAUAAACACUGGGAUAAACACUGGGAUAAACUGCUGGGAUAAACAGCUGGGAUAAACGCUGGGAUAAACUGCUGGGAUAAACAGCUGGGAUAAACACUGGGAUAAACAGCUGGGAUAAACACUGGGAUAAACAGCUGGGAUAAACACUGGGAUAAACACUGGGAUAAACACUGGGAUAAACAGCUGGGAUAAACACUGGGAUAAACAGCUGGGAUAAACGCUGGGAUAAACACUGGGAUAAACAGCUGGGAUAAACAGCUGGGAGUUUCACCCUUCAGAAGGAUCAUAGUGCUAUUCUCUACUGUUGUUGCUGCUUGGUUUGUCGUCUGUUUGUAGAUGUCAGGAUGUUUGUUGUAUCCAACCAGGAGAUGGUUGACUUGUCUGUCUGCUGCUUUCAGCUGUUACUCUCUUACCUGCUGUUACUACGACAUUACUGUGGGUUCCACUUUAGAAAUACAUUGGACUAAAAUUUGAACUCUGACUGGAACUUUCCAACAUGUAGAAGAGUCAGAAAACCACAACAUAUUACAGCCGAGGUCAGAGGUCAGAGGAGACUGGAUUGUUAAGGAAGUAAAGGCCCAGCAGGCAGUCUGUGUAGGCAUCUCAGAUGGCACCCUAUUCCCCAUGGGCCCUGGUCGAAAGUAGUGCGCUGUAUAGGGAAUGGGGAGCCAUUGGGACGCCUUCUCAUUGUGUUUCUGUAUAGUCCUGUAUCUCUAGUGUGUUUAUGUGAGCCGAGCGUGAAACUGGUUCUGGCUGGCACACUGCAUCAGGCCUGGAUACACAGCACACUGGCACACACUGCCACACACUGGCACACACUGGCACACACAGCAUCAGGCCUGGAUACACAGCACACCGGCACACACUGGCACACACAGCAUCAGGCCUGGAUACACACUGGCACACACUGGCACACACUGGCACACACAGCAUCAGGCCUGGAUACACAGCACACCGGCACACUGACACACAGCAUCAGGCCUGGAUACACACUGGCACACAAUGGUACCCACAUGCACACACACACAAAAAAGCUUACUUCUGGAGGCAUUUAUUACCAGUUUGUCCAUAGAAUCAGAUUUGUAUAGGCUGACAUGACGCUAUACAAUAUACAUUGUGUUCUGACAUGACACUGAAGAAAGGAAGGUGAAGUAGGAAGCUAAAGAAGGUAACAGAAUGAUGUCAAAGAUCGUUGUGAGAGCAACCUUUUGUGUUCAUUGAAAAUAAUAACCUACUGUCCUCCUCAUGACCCUUGUCCCUGUGUUAAUAAAGGAUCUUACUCACUGUCUCUCCUCCUCAUGACCCUUGUCCCUGUGUCUCUCCUCCUCAUGACCCUUGUCCCUGUGUUAAUAAAGGAUCUUACUCACUGUCUCUCCUCCUCAUGACCCUUGUCCCUGUGUCUCUCCUCCUCAUGACCCUUGUCCCUGUGUUAAUAAAGGAUCUUACUCACUGUCUCUCCUCCUCAUGACCCUUGUCCCUGUGUUAAUAAAGGAUCUUACUGUCUCUCCUCCUCAUGACCCUUGUCCCUGUGUUAAUAAAGGAUCUUACUCACUGUCUCUCCUCCUCAUGACCUUUGUCCCUGUGUCUCUCCUCCUCAUGACCCUUGUCCCUGUGUUAAUAAAGGAUCUUACUCACUGUCUCUCCUCCUCAUGACCCUUGUCCCUGUGUCUCUCCUCCUCAUGACCCUUGUCCCUGUGUUAAUAAAGGAUCUUACUCACUGUCUCUCCUCCUCAUGACCCUUGUCCCUGUGUCUCUCCUCCUCAUGACCCUUGUCCCUGUGUUAAUAAAGGAUCUUACUCACUGUC